CGAAGGCGGCGGCCGCGCCCGCAUUGAGAGCAUGAACGCGGAGGUGGCGGAUUCCAACCCCUACAGCCGCCUGAUGGCAUUGAAACGCAUGGGAAUUGUCAGCAACUAUGAGAAAAUCCGUACCUUUGCUGUAGCAGUAGUAGGUGUUGGUGGAGUUGGUAGUGUGACUGCUGAAAUGCUGACAAGAUGUGGCAUUGGUAAGUUACUACUCUUUGACUAUGACAAGGUGGAACUGGCCAACAUGAACAGACUUUUCUUCCAACCUCAUCAAGCGGGAUUAAGUAAAGUUCAAGCAGCAGAACAUACUUUGAGGAACAUUAAUCCUGAUGUUCUUUUUGAAGUAUACGACUACAAUAUAACCACAGUGGACAACUUUCAACAUUUCAUGGGUAGAAUAAGUAACGGCGGGUUAGAAGAAGGAAAGCCUGUUGAUCUAGUUCUUAGCUGUGUGGACAACUUUGAAGCUCGAAUGACAAUAAAUACAGCUUGUAAUGAACUUGGACAAACAUGGAUGGAAUCGGGGGUCAGUGAAAAUGCAGUUUCCGGGCACAUCCAGCUCAUAAUUCCUGGAGAAUCUGCUUGUUUUGCGUGUGCUCCACCACUUGUGGUUGCUGCAAAUAUUGACGAAAAGACUCUGAAACGGGAAGGUGUUUGUGCAGCCAGUCUUCCUACCACCAUGGCAGUGGUUGCUGGAAUGUUGGUACAAAAUGUGUUAAAGUUACUAUUAAAUUUUGGUACUGUUAGUUUCUACCUUGGUUACAAUGCAAUGCAGGACUUUUUUCCUACUAUGUCCAUGAAGCCAAAUCCUCAGUGUGAUGACAGAAAUUGCAGGAAGCAGCAGGAAGAAUAUAAGAAAAAGGUAGCAGCACUGCCCAAACAAGAGAUUGUACAAGAAGAAGAAGAGAUAAUACAUGAAGAUAAUGAGUGGGGUAUUGAGCUGGUAUCUGAGGUUUCAGAAGAAGAAUUGAAAAAUUCUUCAGAUCCAAUUCCAGAUUUACCUGCAGGAAUUACGGUGGCAUAUACAGUUCCAAAAAAGCAAGAACAUUCUGUACCUGAGGUAACAGUGGAAGAUUCCAGUGAAAGCUUGGAAGACCUCAUGGCCAAGAUGAAGAACAUAUAGAUAACAGACUGGCAUAUCUUUUAUUUCUCGUGUUAAAGCCUGUUCCCUUGAAAUUUAAAAACAAAAAAUUUAAACUGAUAAAACUUAUGGCAGCUUUAGUUAAUGUAUCAUCUUAACGGAAUUCUUACACCUUUUGAAAAUCCUGUGACUUACUUUUUGCCUGUCCAGCUAAAUCAUUAACUCUCCUAAAACGUGUGUGUCAUUCUAAUAAGCAAACUCAAAGAACUAUUGUAGCAGUUACAAAUCUUAGUGAAAACAUGGCCAUUGAAAUGUUUUGGCUUUUUGGAAGCGGAGAAGGACCAAUCUGAUUCUGUAUUCUUUUUCUUUCCAUGAACAGUCAAGUGGUACAUGAGCCUCAGACGGAGGGAGAAGGACAAGGCAUACAGCCUAUUGAGUAGAUCUAGCAAGCAUCUGCUCAGUGUAUUUGGAAUCAGUCUCUACAAGAAAAUGUCCCACCACUGCUAACUUGACCAACAAUGAAUUUAAAAUAGUUAAGCUAUAAAAUAACAUCCUCUCAAAUGUUUCCUGAUGCAAUACAAUCUGAAAUGUAGUCACUGGUAAAGUUUAUAAGUCUGUGAGUUAUGUAUGCAAAAUAAGACAAAGGCAAAUAAAUGGAUGCUACCGUUAUGGGUAGACAGAUAUAUUUUAUUCUGCACUGACCAAGUUAAUAGAACUCAUUGUGUCUGUGGAACACAUAUCUGGAAUCACUGUGCUUUACUAAAGAGCAAGCCAUCGACUUAGACUACGAUUCAUCCAGAUUACACCCAUAUUAUCUAGGCUGUUCCUGAAUACUUCAUUUAAAUUUGAUCCUCAAAGUAGUGAGAUAUUAGGCAAGAUAUUUGUCCUGUAUAGUAGACCUAAAAGAAGAAUUUAAAAUUGCCUCUACAAUGGCUGACUUGUAUUCACUGGAGGAGUAUCUGAUCAUGACUACUGAACUGUAAAUUGAUAGAAAACUAGUUUUCUCUGGAGUUGCAUACAAAUAAUGAAGGCUUAGAGAAUCUUGGUGAAUUAAUUCCCAGUGGUUUGGAGAUAAAUAAAUAAUAUGUAGGUGUAACCAUUA